CCUAAGCAUCAGUCUGCGGGACAACACAAUAGUUCCUAACAGUCCUGCUCAGAAUUUCGAUGGCAAGGUCAGCAUCACCUUGCAGACAGCACUUGAGGAUGUGAAGGAAAUCACCCUGCACAAAGAUGUGACACUUAGCGUCAUGCAGUGUGUGCUCUAUGACGCCGCUGGCAAGCAGGUUGAGGAGCUUAAUAACUCCAAACUGACUUCUGUAGAGGAAGCACAGCAACUGACUGUGCCUCUGAAACAGGCUUUGACUGCCAAUGUAACCUACACUUUGUUCUUCAAGUAUGUCGGAAAAAUUCAGACUGAUACUGUAGGCCUGUUCUCCGCAAGCUAUAUGGACGAGGCGGCCAUGCAGACCAAGUGGGUGCUCUUAACUCAGAUGCAGCCCAUCAACGCGCGCUUGGUCUUGCCCUGCUUCGAUGAGCCCACCUUCAAGGCCAAAUUUCAGCUAAGCAUCACCCGACCCAAAAGCCUCAAUGCCAUCAGUAAUACGAAGCUAAAGGAAACGAAAGACGAGGGAAAUAAUCGCUUCACCGACCUCUUUGAGGUUACACCCAUAAUGUCCCCAUAUUUGUUGGCGUUUGUGGUCUCCGAGUACCAGAUGCGCGGCAACAGUACCCUCUCCAUUCAUACCCGUCCGGCGUACAAUAAGUACACGGAGUUCAGCUACUCUGUCGCAGAGCGUGUACUGCCAGCAUAUGGGGAGCUGUUCCAGCAGCCUUAUCAGGAACUGGGCAACGAUGUACUACAAUACGCGACAACGCCCCGUUUUCCCCAUAACAGCAUGGAGAAUUGGGGCCUCGUGAUUUUCAAGGAUAAGGUCCUUCUGGAGCAGCCCGGAGUUACGGAUGGAUGGGCGCAGAAGGAGUUUACAAUUCGCAAUAUAGUCCAUGAGAACGCACACAUGUGGUUCGGCAAUAGCGUCACUUGCAAAUGGUGGAGCUCCAUCUGGCUGCACGAGGGGUUCGCGCGUUACUACGAGUUCUUUAUGGGUCACAAGCUAUAUCCGGAGUAUCAAUUGGACCAGCAGUUUGUCGUGCAUAAACUUCAGCACGUCCUUACGACGGACUCUCUGAAUAUAACUCAGCCGAUGACCAGUUCAGAUGCAAGCAUACAGACACCUGCAGACAUCGCCCACAAGUUUGGCCGAAUUUCAUUCGCCAAGGCCGCCAGCGUGAUCCGCAUGUGGUCCCUUGCAAUGGGCGAAGAGAACUUCAACAGAGCCAUCGCGAACUACCUCAAGGAGUUCUACUUGGGUAACACAAAUCCUUCCGAUCUGUUGAAACACAUCCAGGCUAAUUGGCCUAAUCAGGAAAAUAUCAGUUUGGGUCAAUUCUUUUACGACUUCAUUGUUCAAGUUGGCUACCCUUUGAUCACAGUGAGCCUCUCCGUUAAGGGUCAUCAGAUCAAUUUCUAUCAGCAACGAUUCCUGCUGAAUGACACAGAUGGCAGUGACAGCGAAUUGCGUUACACGGUGCCCAUCACCUACACUACGAAUCUGGCUCCAAAUUUCACAAAUUCGACGCCUGCAUUUUUCUUUCAUAAACUAGUUGACAUAUAUCAACGCUGGUCGGAUGAGCCCAUCGACUGGGUCAUUGUAAAUUUAAAGCAGGCCAACUAUCAUCGAGUUCAGUACGAGCAACCACUGCUUGAUAACAUUCAAAAAGCUCUAACAAAGACCGGCCACAGUGGAAUCCCCGUUGAGAACCGAGCUGCUAUCAUUGAUGAUCUGUUCAACUUUGCCCUCGCACAAAUUGACUACGUCGAGGUCUUCGAGUUCAUGGAGUACAUGAGCACGGAAACCGACUAUAUUCCCUGGUAUGCUGCGUACGUGGGAUUGGAGAAGGUGGCGAGGCGGCUGACCCCACAGCAGUUGCCCAAUUUCAAGAAGUAUCUCAGCGACAUCACUGAGGCGGUGCACGCCAAGCUGGGCGUGAGUUGGAGUGCCAGCGACAAGGUGUUGGAUGUCUACAACCGCAACCAGCAGGUGUCAUGGCUCUGCAAGUACCAAACCUCCAAUUGCACUGCGCAGGUGCUGGAGAAGUUCAAUGGCUCAGAGAAGCCAUCGCCAGACUAUCGGGAGACCUUUUACUGCGCAGCCGCCCGAACGGACGGGUACGCUCGAGUCUUGGAGCUAUAUAAGAAGGAAACCAACUACAUAGAUCGAGAGAUCUACUGGCGCGCCGCCAGCUGUACGAGGGACUAUCGGACGCACUACCAGAACGAGAUCUUGGGCCAGGGCAACAGCGUGGACCUCAAGAUGGUUGGCCUCGCGCAGCUCUAUGAGCAGAAUCCGGACUUGGUGACGCCCAUCUUCCAAAUGGUAACCGAGAACAUUUCACAGCUGAACGAUGCCUUGGGCUUCAACUGGACAAAGACC